AUGGCGGCGGGCGGAGCCCCCAGCAGCCCUGAGCCCUCCAUGUACAGACACAGACCCGCCUCCGAGCGGACUCAGGACAUUUCCCAUUUGUUGACUAGCGUCUUUAAGAGCACGUAUACUGCAGAUGUUAUAGGGAUGGACACUGGAACAAAUCUGAUCAAGUCCCGUGGAGGAGACAAUCUCUAUCAUGAGAAGUUUGUGGAGGAGCUGCAAAAGAUUCAUACUGAAUAUAACCAUCGACUGACAGAAGUUGACAUGGUAGAAAAGCACAUCAUUCAGGCAAGAGCUCGAGCAACAGCAGCAGAAGAAAGGGCUCUGAACAUGUUGAAGGUACAUGUUGGGGAGGACUUCCACAACAUUGGAUUGCCGCCAGUGAAGUCCUCCUUCAGGUGGUGUGUGGAUAAUGACCUUCUCAAAAAACAUAAUUUAAUCUGCCCUGAAGAUUACAUCACUGAUAGAAUACCCAUUACCAAAGCACCUAAAGGAAAUAAAGAGCCUGACUAUAUCAAGGAGACGUUUAGUUUUAAACAACACAUUUCUACAAGUCCAAGGGAUCAGAAACAUACAGAAAUCCCACACUUGAGGAAAACAUUAGAUAGUCUGCCAGAUGUAUCUUUAUCCACCUUAACGCUGUCUUCAACUCCUGAGCCUAGACAUCAGACUAAGAAACCAUCAAGUAAGAAAUGUAGCUCCUCUCACAAAUCAGUCUGGAAAGAUAAUAUGUACAAAGCGGAUAGAGAACAAGACCGCGUUUACCUUGCCAGACUUGAGAACCGACACAAUUACCUGAAGAAUCCACGCUUUUUCCCACCAAAUACUCUUAAUGGAGGAAAAUCUCUUAUUUUUCAUCAGAAGAAGGUAGAUCGAAUGAUAACAGGAAGAAAAGUGGCAUUUGAUGAAAGUGAUCCUCGAUCUGUUCCUGUAUUUCUACCUACCCCGCCCGCUGUUUUGUUUUCUGAGUAUGAAGUUGGUCAGGUUUAUGAGAUGACUAUAGAGCUGCAGAACAUGACUUCAGUGUGUCGCCAUGUAAGAGUCAUCCCUCCAUCUACUUCAGCCUUUGCCAUUGGACUGGGAAAAUUUCCAGGAGAGGGUGGAAUUGUCGCUCCUGGGAUGACCUGCCAGUACACCAUUCAGUUUAUUCCUGAAUAUUUAGCUGAUUAUGAAGAUUAUAUUCUAGUGGAAACGCAAGCACCAUACUCUCUCCUAAUCCCUAUAGAAGCUAGGAGACCACCUCCUGUAUUAACAUUGCCUCGCAUCAUCGAUUGUGGUUCCUGCCUUGUGGGGGGAGUAAAAAUGACAGAAUUGGUGUGCAGAAAUGAAGGGUCCAGUAAUGGAAAGUUCUGUAUAAUGCCAAAGAAAGUAUGGCCACCUCCUAAUUUCAGGGCUGUUGCAACUAUUGGUUUUGUGGAGCAAGGUCCAUUUGGGAUCCGACCUGCUGUUUUUGAGCUAGGUCCAGAUCAAGCUAUGCUAUUAGAGGUAGUGUUUUCCCCAUCUUCUCCUGAAAACCUGAAGCAAACAUUCACUAUUGUUUGUGAUAAUUGCCAGAUCAAUGACAUCACAGUUACAGGGAGUGGACAGCUGAUAGCUUUAGAGCUUUUAUCGGUCACUGGUGGAGAAAGCCACCCAGCCCCUGCUGAGCCUACAGACAUAGCAGCACAGCACCUCAUAUGUUUUGACCCCCAAAAUCCACAUGCCACAACAGAGAAGAAACUCCUUAUAAGAAAUUCUACUCAUGUGGAACUUCCUUUCUACUGGCAGAUAAUGAAGCCUAAUCUGCAACCAUUAAUGCCUGAAGAAACUGGGGACCUUGCAAAGGUCAAGUACCACCUAGAUGUAGAGUCAGCUUUCUCUCUAAAUCCUAACCUGGGAAUUCUGCAGCCCCACACUGAUCACGAGUUUAUUCUCACUUAUGCUCCACAGGAGCUGAAAGAUUAUCACAGUGUGAUUCAAAUUGUACUGAGGGACAUCCCAGAGACACCUAGCUCAGAAAAGCAGGUGAUGCUAGGAAAUUCAGAAUCCAAAACAGAUGAUGUGAUUGCACUGGAAAUAGAAGUUAAAGGUUCAACAGAACCAUUUCAACUCCUUUUGGAACCAUAUGUCAUUAUCAUCCCCGGAGAAAACUUUAUUGGCAUAAAUGUAAAAAAAGCAUUUAAGAUGUGGAAUAACAGCAAAUCAUCCAUCAAAUAUACAUGGGGAAAAAUCAGUGUACGUGAUAUAGUUGAAGUUGAACCUCAUACUGGAGUGUUAGACGCCAGUGAAUUCUGUGAAUUUGAAUUGAAUUUUACUGGAGGCAAACCUGGAUAUGCCAGCCAUAACCUGCACUGUAAAAUCGAACACGCUGUGGAGCCAGUUGUGCUGCAUGUGGAGGCUGCUUUUAAGGGUCCAGCUCUCUCUAUCGAUGUUCCAUCACUCCAUUUAGGUUUGAUUAAAUUGGGACAAAAUGUGUUAAGUACCUUUGAGAUUCAAAACCUAAGUCAAUUGCCAGCAUGGUGGAGAAUGCAAGAAAGUCAAGCUUGCUUAGCUGAAAGGAACGAAGAUGCAUCCCCAUUCACGAUUCAGCCAUCUGAUGGAGAAUUACCUCCUUUGGGCAAAUGCAGUGUGUCAGUUCUGUUCAGGUCCUUGCUAUGUCAACGUCUCCAGACAGUAUUAGAGCUAGAUGUCGAAAAUGGAGAAGGAAGUCAUCUUCCUGUUUUUGUUGAAGUUCAGACCCCCCAAGCAUGUCUGAUGUCUAGUCACUUGGUGUUCAGUGAAAUUUAUAUUGGAGUUCCAGCACAAGCAACCGUCAAACUCUUUAACCAGACACUGCUGCCAGCAAAAUACUUUUGGGAAGAGCUUAUCGGAAGUCAGUCAGCUUUCUGCUCUGCCAUUGUCUCCCCAACAAGUGGCACUUUGGGCCCACAUGAAGAAAAAGAAUUGUGUAUAGAGCUAACAGCUAAUAUUAUGGAUGAGCUGAAUGACCUUACCCUCUGCUGUAGCAUAGAAGAUAUGAUUGAACCUCUUUUUCUGGGCAUUUCUGGCCAAGUAAAGGGACUACAUGUCACAUACUUGAUACCUUGUGACAGUAAAGUUACCAGUGAUGAGAAGCAAAUGUUACAAAGUCCUCAAGAUCUUCUGUUGGACUUUGGAUCUGAAGUUGCAUUGAAGAGCAUAGUAACACGCCAGCUAAUACUUACCAAUCAUACUGGAAUCGAUGCUCCAUUCACACUAGAAGCUGAAUAUUUCAGUAGCUGUCCAGUUACCUCAGAAGAACAAGGAAACAAUCUCUCCACAGCCAGCCUGGUGAAAAGAACAGCACAAAUCAGAAGACAUGCAGCCAAGAAAGUACAAUCAGCAUUUGUGCUGGCAUUACUGUCUCAUGGGAGAGGAGUGGCUUUCCAUGCCCAACCUUCCACAGGAACUCUGAAAGCCUUCCAGCAGCUAAUUAUAGAAAUAACAGCUUAUAACAACAUGUGGGGAGAGUACCAUGAUGAUCUCAUCUGUAGGGUGGGAGACUUACAGCCUACAUUAAUUCCUAUGCAAAUGACUGUGAAAGGUUGCCCAAUCUUCUUGCAGAUGACAGGACCUCAGACUGAACAUCAAACAAAGAUACCAAUAAUCAGGUUUGGUGCUCAUGUCUCUGGUGGGGAUACAGUCUCCCGCUGCAUCAGACUCAACAACCCCACUCCGUGUGACAUCCGCAUGGACUGGAAAACUUACAAUCAAGAAAAAGAUAAUGAGAAGCUGGUGGACCUCUUGCUGUUUUAUGGCCCUCAUUUUCCUAUUAAGGACGUAGAUGAGAAUGAGAUUGAGUCAAAUGCUAGCACCUCAGAGACUGAAAUCAUGUUAAACUGGGAUAAAAUCCCUAGCAGCCCAGACAUCAUUUCUCCAGGUUCCCUCGUGACAGAUGAUGAGUCAGAUGUAGACAACAAGGAAGAGGAAGGAAGAAGUGAUUCUGAAGUCUGGAGACCAAUAAAUAAUCAAAAGAAAAUAAUCUCUGUACUUAUACAAGCUCAUGAAGGGUUUCCUUCCGACUAUCCCUACUGUAUAACUCCUACACAAAUCGUUGUUCCUGCAGGUAGCAGUGCCUCCAUCCAUAUUUCCUUCACUCCACUCACGUUACCCAAGCUCAUUAACAAAAUUGAAUGUGAGGGGUAUGCAUUGGGUUUCAUGAGCCUAGACAGCAAGCUUGCACAAGGGAUACCUGGCAAGGUGACUCGUUCAUACGGCUAUGGAGUUGCACCUUUGAGAAUGGACUUGCAAGCUUUUGUAAAGCCUGCUCUGUUAACUGUAGAAAUGGAUCAUGAUGGAGGAAUGGUGUUUCAUUCCAUGGCAAGUGAUCUCAUACCAAAUCAACCCCUUUCUGAAGUUUUGACAGAAUCAGUCAUUACUCACAACCUGAAACUCACCAACUCCACAGAGGCUCCUCUGCACUUCAGGAUCCUUCUAUCUGUGCCCUUCACUGUGUCCAGUAUCGACCCCAACAGGAGCCUGAAAACAUCCCACCGCGACAGGGAGGAGCAACUUCUACUUCAUCCACAGCAAAACAUGCUGGUGAAAGUGUCAUUUCACACAACUCUGGAGUUACUUACAUAUCAGAAUCUGCCAGCUGACCAGCUGCUCUCAGGAAUCAAAGUGCUCCAGUUUGAGAAUGGAGACAGGAAAGUGGAAUUCAGUCAAAAUCUGGUUAUUGAAUACAGUAACAGAACGACCCAGCUGGUGCCAGUGACUGCAUACCUUACUGUCCCACUACUGGAGCUCUCUUGUGAGACAGUUGAUUUUGAGACCUGCUUUGUAAACCAAACGAGGACAGAAGAUGUCUUUCUGUUAAACAGGAGCAGAUGCAGAAGUUACUGGACUGCUUUACUGGACCAACAGGAACAGCAUAACAACAUGGAAGUAUUUUCCAUCUGCCCCAUUCAUGGAAUUCUUGAGGCACAUGAAGCUAGCUUACCCACCAAAGCAACUUUAAAAAUCAGUUUUACCGCAAGGAGUAAUGUGGAAUAUGAAACUACAGUAACUGUUUUUGGAAUGCUUGGAGAAAAGCCCUGCAAACUACAGAUCAGAGGCAGAGGAUCUUACGAUGAGAAAUAUGAAGAUCUCCGCUUAAUAUAA